AUGGAAGACAAAAAUAGAAAAAAAUAUAUUUCCCUAUCCCGGAGGCAAAAGCGGAGGAGAAUUAAUGCAGAUCUCAAAAUAAUGGGCGUGGACUCCACGCCGUGGAGGCGUCUCAGAGAAAGAUGCCACAGUAAGAAAAUCUUCUCAAAUAAUUUGGCAAAAGAUUGGUCUUGGCUGGGGCUAAGAAACAACAAUAAAAUUCAAAAUUUAAAAUCUGUUGAAAUAUUGAAGGCUGCUGUGUGCACUUCGACAGACAAAAAUUUUGAAGGCAUAGUUUCCGAAUGGUUCCGGCAGGCCAAACAAAGAUUUGGUAUACCCUAUAGGGAAGCAAAAAACCCAUUAAAAGAAGUAAGAACCACAAGGAUUUUAUUUAUUUUGUCACAUUUAUUGUCUACAAACACUUUAAAACGCAAGCGAUCACAGUGUUGGCGGCCGUCAAAGACUGAAGUGGAAGAAGGAUUUAUUAUUCACAUAAAGAUAACUGGUGAAUUGAACGACGUGUUGGAAAGCAAAGUGCAAAAACUAAAGUCAUUUGGACUGUCCCUCCAACCAACACCUGUAAUUGUUGGACCUUCUCUGGACGAAAUCGAAUCUGAAGAGUCAAACAUAGCCCAUAAAUUUAAUAAAUAUUUCGUGGAAAGUAUUGAUGCUAUUAUUCAAGGUAUACCACAAACAGCAAACGUUAUACCCCAUAUAAACAGGAUCCCUGAACAUAGUAAAUUAUUUUGUAAUUUUGAAAAAAUAUCUAUGUUAAAAAUGAAGCAAAUAAUUAAAAAUCUGAAAAAUGUAGGAGGCGAUGAAAGUGGCAUAUCUAAGCAAUCAUGGAAAUUGUCAACAGUGAUUCCAGUUCCCAAGGUGCAAAAUACAAAAAGUCACAAUGAGUUUAGACCAAUUAACACAGUUCCCAUUUAUGAAAAAGUAAUUGAAUUAUGUGUAAAAGAACAGCUACUUAACUAUUGCGUCAAUAAUAAAAUAAUAGUUUCUAACCAAUCAGGUUUCCGUGAAAACCACUCCUGUGAGUCUGUUGUUGUUAGUAUCAGUGAUGAUUUUCUCAAAGCCAUUGACUGUGAUAAUUUUGUUUUAGCUGUAUUUUUAGAUUUUAAAAGAGCCAGUAGAUAG